AUGGGCAAGAAAUCUUUGGCCAACAAAUCCAAGGGUAAACGCCCAAUCAUUGAUGAUUUUGAUUCUGAUUUUGAAGCUCCAAUGCCGAAGCGUGUGAGACCCCAUUCUUCGAAGAAAACGAAGCUGAACUUGGAGGAGCCCACGCUUCCAGAAAUUUCUGGGAAAAAAUUUCAAAAAUCUAUUACACAUGCUGAAGAUCGGACUGAGGUUAUGUGUUUUGUUUUCGUUUUUGGUGUUUUCAAUCAGUCUUCGGUUUGGGACUGUAAAUUUAGUCCUUCUGAUUUUUACAGAUCUAAGUGUGUAUGCACCAGUGUUUAUUCUUGUUUUCUUCUUAGCAAUACUCCUGACAAAGAAGUGUCUAGGUUUGUUCUAGAUGUAGUUGAUAGCGGUCGGUGGGAUGAGUAUUGUUGGGGUAGGGAAUCAUUUGAAUUGACAAUUGACUCAUUCAAAGGUAGGAUUGAGCAUGGGAUCAUUAUGAAAAAUAGAAAGGCAGAGAAGGGAGGCCAAUAUGAUGGCUGGUAUAGGGCAUUGGGAUGUCCUUGGGUUUUCACUAUUUGGUUUUAUGAAUGCUGUCCUGCAAUGGUGAACUCUUUCUGUAAGAGAGUUUCAUCUUCUAUUCCCAGGAUUCUGAACUGGAGCAACACCAUCGUCACCAAAAAUCCAACCCUUCGAGACUUGAAGGGCAAGAUUUUUGAUUUACCUUUGGAGAAGAUAAAAAACAUGCGUCCUACUGAUGAAGAGAGGCAGCAGCUUCAACUUGACGGUCUAUUUCUCGAUGAAUCUAUUGAUGAACGUGGUGUAGCGAAGCAAUCCUUCGAGGGUGGCUCAUCUUCAAAGAAGUCUGAUUCAGCAGAUAUUGAUUGGAUGAAAUCUAAGCUGGAGAUGCUCAGUUCGAAUCAAUCAUCAUUGGCCGAGGACUUCAUUUCGUUGAGGUGUUUUGUUGAUUUUAAUUUCAAAUCCGUAAUGACUGUAAUUAAGGAUAUCCAAGAGAAGGUUAAUGCCAUUCAUCGUCGUCCUUCUGACGAGGGAAAGUCAUCGGAUGAAUUAGUAACUCAAGAUUCUGAUGAUGAUGCUGAUGAUGAUGAUGAUGAUGAUGAUGCCGAGGAUGAUGAGAAGCAAUUGCCUGAUCCAGAAAAUAUUGAUUCCGACUCCGACGAUGGUGGUGAGUUGGUUAAAGUUGGUGGGGAUGCUGAUGAUGCUGACAAGGCUGUUACUGCUGUUCCUUCUGCUGAUGUGAAUCCAUCUGAGGAUGUUGGAGGGAGUGAUAAAAAUGUUAAGGAUGUUGAGAAGCCGAAGGGCGAUGAGUCUCGAUUGAAGGGGGGCGAUUUCUUUGAUGGGUUGAGCCAGCUUGUAAUAGAUGAUGAUCAAGUUGUGUUGGCUGGCUUGGAGGCUGUUGCUAAAAUCAAUGUCCCCGCACCCAAUCCAGAUGUUGUUGGUGAAAAGUCAGAUGCCCUUCAUACUGAUGAAGAAACUGAGGAUACUGUCUCUGAUACACCUCUGUUGGAUAAGAGGAAGCGUGCUCCGGCCUUGAAAUCUCCAUUUGUUGAUUUCGGGUCUGCUGAUGUCGGGAGCACUCCAAUGGAGCUUAUGUCCUCAGGUUCUCAAUCAGCUGGGGAUGAUAGGGAUUUCAAAAUGGUGACUUAUGUGAAGGGCCUUUAUGCUCUUAAUGAUGCUUUUGCUGAUCCCGUAUCUACCGAGAUUGAGGCAAAAUUUGACUCUUGGAUUGGUGAAGGAUUGCUUAAACAUCCUAGGCAUUAUAAUUGUUAUGAAGACGGCGCAAAGAAAUUUACCCCGGGUUUUAGGCUAGGUGUUGAUUAUGUUGAGGAUAAAACUUGGUUUUACCAUUUGGCCACAUGCGACAUGUUUAUGAACGACUCGCAUAUGAACACCAUAUUCUAUUACCUUCGGAAAAAAGGUAAGUAUUCUUCCGCUGUGACGUUGAAUUUCGCAACUACUGAUUGUCUUUUUGAUGAUUCCAUCCAAGCAUUGUACCACAAAUUUAACAAGGCCAAGUCAAUGAAGACUAAGAUGUCACACAUUCACGCUGCCCACCCAAUUGCGCAUUACAUCCGAGGUAUGCGCAUUCCCUGUUCCAAGCCUUGGUAUGAAGCAGAUCACGUGCUUUUCAUCAUCAAAAAAGAUGUGGGAAUGCUCUUGCUCGCUACCAAGAUUAUUGAUGAUGUGUUCCCAUCGAGACAUCCGAGAACGUUAUGA